AUGAUGAACAACAAACCAAAUAUUCCUCCUUUACUCAUCUUCACUCUCGUCUUCCUCCUCCCUUCACUCACCCUCUCAACCCCUCCACCCAGACCCGAACGCUGUUACCCGGAAGACAAACGGGUCCUCCUCGAACUCAAAGCCUACUUCGGCAACAACCUUACUGACUUCUCCACAUGGAAACCCGAAACCGACUGUUGUAACAAAUGGAGCGGUGUACUCUGCAAAAAAAUCCCCAAAACCAAUAUCCGACGGGUCAACUUCCUCGAAAUAAUCGGGUCCGAUAACAUCGUGGGUCCCAUCCCACCCAUAAUCGGUAAACUCCCUUACCUUGAGACCCUAAUCUUAAGACUACUACCCAAUCUCACGGGUCCAAUCCCACCAUUUAUAGGCAAACUCACAAAUCUACAAUACCUCUCGCUGAAUUGGGACAGUCUUAGCGGACCCAUCCCAAAUUUCUUAUCCCAACUUACAAACUUAGCUACACUCAGCCUUAACAACAACCAUUUCACGGGUACUAUCCCAUCUUUCUUGGGUCACCUCCCUUUUCUUAGUGGACUAGACCUUUACGAAAACCAUCUUACGGGCACAAUCCCAAACACAUUCGGGUCUUUUACCCAUAAAACAUUCAUCGAUUUGCACAACAAUCACUUAUCUGGGUCAAUCCCAAAAUCAUUAGGACAGGUUAAUUUUGAGAUUCUAGAUCUUUCGGGAAAUCAAUUAACGGGUGAUGCAUCCUUUCUAUUUGGGGAAGAUAAGACCGAUUUGGCACACUUAAUCCUUUCCAGAAAUAGAUUGUCUUUUGAUUUCUCAAAGGUGGUAAUGCCUGUUGGUGAGCUUAAUUCCAGCUUGUUGAUACUUGAUUUAAGCCAUAAUCAGAUUUAUGGGAAGUUGCCUAAUUGGUUAGGGCAAGCACCACUUUUGUAUAAUUUUGAUGUAAGCUAUAAUCGUCUUUGUGGGACCAUCCCUACUGUUGGAGGGAAAUUACAGGGUUUUCCGGUUUCUUCAUUUCAGCAUAAUUUGUGUUUGUGUGGUGCUCCAUUACCUCCUUGCAAGUCUUAA